CGUUCUUGAUCCCCACAGCUCCCAACCCUCCCACGAUUACAGAAGAGUUCUGCACAGCUUCCUAUGAUACCAUCACCGUCCACUGGACCUCUGAUGAUGAAUUCAGUGUGGUUUCCUAUGAGCUCCAGUACACCAUAUUCACCGGACAAGCCAACGUUGUUAGUCUGUGUAACUCUGCCGAUAGCUGGAUGAUCGUGCCCAACAUCAAGCAGAACCACUACACGGUCCACGGUCUGCAGAGCGGCACCAAGUACAUCUUCAUCGUCAAGGCCAUCAACCAGGCGGGCAGCCGCAGCAGCGAGCCUGGGAAGUUGAAGACAAACAGCCAGCCAUUUAAACUGGACCCCAAAUCUGCACAUCGAAAGCUGAAGGUGUCCCACGAUAACUUGACAGUAGAACGUGAUGAGUCAUCAUCCAAAAAGAGCCACACGCCCGAACGCUUCACCAGCCAAGGGAGCUAUGGCAUAGCUGGAAAUGUGUUCAUUGAUAGCGGUCGGCAUUACUGGGAAGUGGUCAUAAGUGGGAGCACAUGGUAUGCCAUCGGCCUUGCUUACAAAUCGGCCCCGAAGCAUGAGUGGAUUGGGAAGAACUCUGCUUCUUGGGCACUGUGCCGCUGUCACAAUAACUGGGUGGUGAGACACAACAGUAAGGAAACCCCCAUCGAGCCAGCCCCCCACCUCCGGCGCGUCGGCAUCCUGCUGGACUAUGACAAUGGUUCCAUCGCCUUCUACGAUGCUUUGAACUCCAUCCACCUCUACACCUUUGACAUCACCUUCUCACAGCCUGUGUGCCCCACCUUCACAGUGUGGAACAACUGCUUGACCAUUAUAACUGGCCUUCCAAUCCCAGACCAUCUGGACUGCACAGAGCAGCUGCCGUGAGCACCUGGCCACGUGGAGCUGCUUUCUGGGGAAUACAAAGGGUCGUGGCCACCAUUUCAGGGACGGAGAAAGCACAGGCUUCCAGAGUGUGAUUAAAUGUCGCCAAAAAGUG